AUGCUCUCAGGAGCUGCUGUCUCCCUGCUCUCCCUCGUACGUAAACAUGAAUUCAACCGUACAGCAAUCCAACAACUCCACUCUCAUUUGAUCUUUUGCACCUCAACGCCGAUCAUACUCACUCUUUGGAACUCUGUUCUCCGCCACUACUCCCUCGGUUCUUUCCCCCAAGAAGCUCUUUUCCUCUUUCAGCAUCUGCAGCGCAGAUUGAGACCCAAGUUCUUCUUCGAUAGCUUCGCUUAUUCUUUCCUCAUUAAAGCUGCUGCUAAUCUAACCCAACCCAGUAUCGGAAAACAGGUGCAUUGCCUGAGCUUUAAAUCUGGGUUUCAUUCUCAUGUUUAUGUGCAAACUGCCUUGGUUGAUAUGUAUGUUAACUGUGGGUGUCUUGUGGAGUCCCAGAAUGUGUUCGACGAAAUGCCUAGCAGAAAUAGUGUGACUUGGAAUGUGUUGAUUACUGGGCUUAUCAAGUGGGGUGAGCUUGGGUUUGCUCAGGCUGUUUUCAAUGCGAUGCCGGAGAAGAAUGUGGUUUCUUGGACGGGUAUUAUUGAUGGGUACACACGGACGGGCAAGUUCAAUGAAGCUUUGCUGUUGUUCCAUAAAAUAGUGGUGAGAGAGGGGAUUAAACCAAGUGAAGUGACUCUUUUGGCGAUUUUCCCUGUUGUUUGGAACCUUGGGCAUCUCAAGUCUUGCCAAAUGCUGCACGCUUAUGGGGAGAAAAGUGGGAUCAACUCUUUCGAUAUCCGCAUUAUGAACUCCCUUGUGGAUGCAUAUUCCAAGUGUGGGAGCAUAAACUAUGCUUCGAAAGUGUUCGAUGAUAUAUCAGAUGAAAGGAGGAAUUUGGUGUCAUGGACAUCAAUAAUAUCAGGAUUCGCAAUGCACGGGAUGGCCAAAGAAGCUUCGAAUGGUUUUAGGAUGAUGCAGAGUGCAAAUGUAAAACCAAAUCAGAUUACAUUCUUAAGUGUACUACAUGCUUGUAGCCAUGGUGGUUUGGUGGAUGAGGGUGUCGAGUUUUUCGGAAAGAUGGUUCAUGACUUUGCGCUUCAACCAAAUAUUAAACAUUAUGGAAGCUUGAUAGAUAUGUUGGGGAGGGCAGGGAGAUUGGAAGAAGCAGAAAGGAUGGCUUUGGAGAUACCUAAUGAGAUCUCCAAUGUUGUGAUUUGGAGAACACUAUUGGGUGCUUGUAGUUUCAAUGGAAAUGCAGAGUUGGGACAGAGGGUUAUGCAGAAGAUUCUGGAGUUGGAGAGAACAUAUGGUGGUGAUUAUGUGUUGCUUUCUAAUAUUUUUGUUGAUAAUGGUAGGUAUAUAGAUUCUGAGGAGGUUAGGAGAUUAAUGGAUGAAGAAAAUGCACAAAAGGUGCCUGGUUUUAGUUUUGGAUAA